AUGCUCACCGAAAAAAAGAUACUUUUGAUCACCAGAUUUUUUAAAUAUUGUGAUGUUGCAUCAUCUAAUGCUCAAAUGUCCUCUUCAACUUGGUUAGACGUUUAUAUUUCUCGUCGUUGGCUUAUAUUUAAUGACUUUUUGGUGUGGCAAGAAUCUUGCUGGUUGGUUGUUCCAUUAGAAUCAUGUACUUGUCCGGUUGGACUCAAAGACUACUCUUGUAAACAUUCGGUUGGUUUAGGAAUUCUAUUCAAUUUAUACCAAGUUAAUGAUAAAACACGUGUUGAACAAUUAGGUAAAUGA